GAGCGAAACAUGAGAGCCCUGCGGAGGAGAUGCGAGAGCAGCAGCAGCAGCAACACAGGCAGCACCAGUGACUGGCAGCCGCUGCAGCAUCCACAGCCAGAGACAUUGCAGCGCACUGGGAUCCCGUCCAGCAGCAGCAGCACAGAGCAAUAUACCCCCCGGCACAUGACAGCUAGCAGCGCACCCCAAGCACACCUGUCUUCAUCAUCAUCAUCUACUCUGCCCCGCAAUUCUAGCCACUUAGCUAAAGUCCCAGCAGCAGCAGCAUCACGGGGAGUUUGCACUUAGGAGAGAACACUUGUUGCUGGAGGACUGCGGAGAGGGGUAACUAUGAAGAAGAUGCUGAUAGUUCAGUGGAUGCUGAUUUGGGGGACCGCUUUGCUGCUGAUCCUUGAAUGUGAAGCCAAGUAUGGAGAGAAAAGUGAAUUAGGAACUAGGAGGAGAAGGUGCUUAAAUGGAAACCCCCCAAAACGUGUGAAGAAAAGGCAUAGGAAGUUACAGAGCCUGGAUCUGGGGGGAGCUGGGGAUGGGUGCAGAGGGCUGUACCCACGUCUCUCCUGCUGCUCUAAGCCCGAGAGCCCUGGAUGGCAGCUGGACCCCAGGAUAUUCUCAGUUACCAACAACACAGAAUGUGCAAAAAUCCUGGAUGAAGUCCGAUGUGCCUACUGUUCACCAUAUGCUCAGAAUCUCUUUCACCCACCUGAGAGAAGAGACACACUUGACAGGCAACUGGUCCUCCCCACAUUGUGCAAGGAUUACUGCAAGGAAUUCUAUUACACAUGCCGAGGACAGAUACCAGGAUUACUCCAAACCACUGCAGAUGAGUUCUGCUUCUACCAUGGGAUGAGGGACAGCGGACUGUGUUUUCCAGACUUUCCAAGAAAACAAGUGCGAGGACCAGCAACAAACUACUUGGACCAAAUGGAGGAGUAUGACAAAGUGGAAGAGAUCAGCAGGAAACACAAACACAACUGCUACUGCAUUCAGGAGAUUCUCCGAGGCCUGAGGCAGCCUGUUGGAGCUAUGCAUAGUGGGGAUGGUUCUCACCGACUCUUCAUCCUUGAAAAGGAAGGUUAUGUGAAGAUUCUAAGCCCUGAGGGAGAUUUGAUAAAGGAGCCUUUUCUUGACAUACAUAAAGUGGUGCAAAGUGGAAUUAAGGGAGGAGAUGAAAGAGGAUUGCUAGGACUUGCAUUCCAUCCCAAUUAUAAGAAAAAUGGAAAGCUGUAUGUGUCGUACACCACCAACCAGGAGCGCUGGGCCAGCGGACCUCACGAUCACAUUCUUCGUGUUGUGGAAUACACAGUGUCUAGGAAGAACCCCAGCCAAGUUGAUGUGAGAACGGAGAGGAUUUUUCUAGAAGUAGCAGAAUUACAUAGGAAACACUUAGGAGGACAGCUUUUGUUCAGUCCAGAUGGCUUCUUGUACAUUUUUCUAGGAGAUGGAAUGAUAACUAUUGAUGAUAUGGAAGAAAUGGAUGGUUUAAGUGACUUCACAGGAUCAGUGCUGCGACUCGAUGUUGAUAUAGAUGGGUGCAAUGCCCUUUUCUCUAUUCCAAGAAGCAACCCUCAUUUUAACAGCACUAACCAACCCCCUGAAAUCUUUGCUCACGGACUACAUAACCCAGGCAGGUGUGCUGUUGAUCGCCACGCCAAAGACAGCAGUAUGAAUUUGACAAUUCUUUGCUCAGAUGCAAGCACGAGGAACAGGUCUAACACAAGAAUCUUACAGAUCAUAAAAGGAAAGGAUUAUGAAAGUGAGCUUCCACUUUUAGAAUUCAAGCCAUUGAGCAACGGGCAAACAGUUGGUGGAUUUAUAUACAGAGGCUGUCAAUCAGAACGGCUGUAUGGAAGCUAUGUAUUUGGAGACCGCUAUGGGAACUUUGUAACGCUUCAUCAAAAUGCCAUCACUAAACAGUGGCAGGAGAAACUGUUCUGUCUCGGCAGCGGAGCUUCCUGCAGGGGGCCCUUCACAGGCCACAUACUGGGAUUCGGAGAAGAUGAACUAGGUGAAGUCUAUAUACUGUCAAGCAGUAAAAGUAUGACUCAGACGCACAGUGGAAAACUCUACAAGAUUAUUGACCCUAAAAGACCAACAGUGCCUGAAGAAUGCAAGCGGCCAGUGAUACCACCACAGCCUCUUUCAUCCGAGUGCUCCCGAAACUGUAAAAAUGGCCAUUGUACUCCCACUGGAAAAUGCUGUUGUAAUCAAGGAUGGGAAGGGGAAUUCUGCAGAAUUGCAAAAUGUGAGCCAGCAUGCCGACAUGGAGGUGUGUGCAUGAGGCCGAACAAGUGUCUAUGUAAGAAAGGCUACCUAGGCACACAGUGCGAGCAAAUGGAUAGAAAUAUCCGCAGAGUGGCCAGGGCAGGUAUUCUAGACCAGAUCAUUGAUGUGACGUCAUAUUUGCUGGACCUUACCAGCUACAUUGUAUAGUUACCGCAGACUGCUUGGAUUCAAUCGGAACGGGCAUUUAUUUUUAAAACAUGUAAAUUAAACAAACAAAAAGGACUUUGUAAUUCUGCUCUAAAUCCCUGUGUUUUAAAUAUUUUUAUUAAUUUAAAUAUAUUGUCCAUAAAAGUGAGUUUGUGUGUGUAAUUUAUGAAUAUUUGAGUGUAUAUGUAUGUGUGAAGAUAUAGAAAUAUUCAUUUAUUAAACAUUCUGGUAUUGUAAACACUGGCUGCAACAAGGUCACGUGAGCAAGAUUAUACUUUUGGUUGUCUUUAAAAUAACAUUAAAUUAGUUAUUUAGAUUAAAAUAUGUCAUGUGUACAGUAUUUCAUUUGUAUCCACCAUGGGAGGGGCAAUUUCUCUUAAAUCACAUUUGCCUUUUUAUAUAUAAUUAUCUCAGGUAAUUGCAUUUUUAGCUUUUCACAGGUAAUUUUACUAUAUUAUUAUAGUAAUGCAAAAAAGUAUUCUUUGCAAUA